AUGGUGUUGAAGACGAUCGCUGGGAAGACCGAGGCAAGGUUCGCCAAGGUAGAACAAGUUUUCAAGUAAGUCGCCGUUCGCUUGACCUACUAAGCUGAUACGGGUUUUAUGGUAACGUGUUUCGGCGGGCUAGACGGUUUUUGAUGUUGGGAUGGGUAAAAUAAUGUUGUUUUAGAUGAUAGUCGUUAUCAGAAUUUGUUUUUCAAAAAAAUUUUAAAAAAUUUAUUUAUUUUGCUAGUCAGAGAUGAGCAAUUUGAUCAAGAAGAGGAGGGGGGGGGGCUAAUAUUGUGAAAAAAUUUUUUGAAAAGGGCGGGAGGGAUUUUUUUACAUUUUAAUAUUUUUAUCGGGGUAAAAUUUUUUUUUCAAGGUAGGGGUGGAUAUUUGAAAAAAAAUUUUUUUUUAUAAUUUUGCACGUUACUAUCCUACCUUACCAUACUUUACUUUACCUUGUCCUACCCUCUUCUACUCUGCUCUAAUCUACUUUAUUUGACCCUACCUUGCCCUAUUUUACCCUUACCUUACUUUACCCUAUCUUGCCAUACUUUAUUUUACCCUGCCCUGCUCUAUCCUAUCCUACCUUACCCUAUUUUACCUCUACCUCACUUUACCUUACCCUAUUUUACCCUACCCUACUUUAUCCUACUCUAUCUUACCCCACCCUACUUUUCCUUACUUACUCCACUCUACCUAUACCUCUUUGUCUAAAAUUUUAACUUUCAGAGACAAUUUCCUCAACGGCUGGGAGCCAGAAGGAGCAGCCUUAGCCGUCUACCAUAAAGGCCAGCUCGUAGUCGACUUGUACGGCGGCUACCAAGAUGCAGCUUCACGAAAGGUAUGGGACGAAUCCACUCGAAUUGUCAUCUUCUCGGUAACAAAGGCUGUGGCAUCAUUAGUCAUAGCCAUGUUGGUGGACCAAAAGAAACUGAAAUGCGACCAAAAACUUGUCGAUUUCUGGCCAGACUUUGGCCAAGAAGGCAAAGAACAGAUCACUGUAGACAUGGUAAUGCACCAUCAGGCCGGGUUAUGUUUGUUUAAAGAGUUGAUUACACUUGAUAUUGCUAUGGAUCCAAAGGAAAUGGCCAAGGUUAUUGAGAGACAAAGGCCUAUGUGGGAGCCGGGUACUAAGACCGGGUAUCAUGCUAUCAGUUUUGGGUGGCUGGUGGAUCAGAUUGUGAGACAUGUGGAUGACUUGGGCAGGGGAGUUGGAGAUUAUUUCAGAGAUGAGGUCGCUAAGCCGCACAGUAAGUUUUUUGAGGGUGGGGGAAGCGGGAGAGAACUUUUUUAAAAUUUUGAAAGAAAAUUUUUUUUUGGUGAGGGUAGGGUGGCCAAAAAAUUUUUUUUGUGUAUUUUUAUUACUGGAGGGAUCUAUAUAAAAAUAUUUUUAAAAAAAAUUUUGGGCGGGGUAAAAAAAAUUUUUUUGGAGGUGGAUAAAUUUAUAAGUUUUUUUAUCCGAGAAUACUAAUAAGGAAGCCAUUUUAAAUUUAAAACCAAAAUAAAUUUAAGGGAGGGGUGAUUUUUGCAUUAAAUUUAUUUUUUUUCAGAAAUUGACUUCUUCAUGGGUCUACCGCCAGAAGAACAACAUACAGUAGCUAGAUUGUCGUUUCCAUCUACUUCAUUUAUGUUGAAAGAGCUGUUUUAUGAUCCCAGGAUACUAAUCGCUUUAACUUGUAUGAAUCUGGGUGGGAUGAUAAGCGUGAAGAAUCAGGCGAACAACAUUGAGUUCAUCAGCAAGGUGAAGGUAAUGUAAAAACUUGAUGCCUUCAGUAUUGCUUUUAUAGUUUUUAUGACUUUACUGCCAUUUUUAUUGUUAUCUGCUUUUAAAAAGUCAAAAUACAGCAGUUUUUCUUUCCUCAUAUACCUUUUUCAUCAAAUAUUAUAUUAUAGUACAAUACUAACCUUUAAGGGCGUGAACUCAUUUAACAACCCAGAUGUUCAUCGCCUGGAACAGCCGGCUGCUUUGGGUAUAACAAAAGCCAAAGAUCUGGCCAGAGUGUUUGCUUUGAUGCUGGAAGGAAAGUUAUUGUCAAAAGAUAUUGUAAACAGAUUUGAUGAGCCACAGCUGAUUCAACAUGAUGUUGUACUAAAGGUGCCUACAGCCAAAGGGCAUGGCUUUAUGUAUGAAAGGCAUCCUUAUAAGGAGGUAGGGCACUUUAUGAUCUUUUUGUAGUAGGUAGGGUAAGUGGUAGGUAGAAUAAGCUAUGGUUGAGUUUUGGGAAUAGGGUAGCUUAAGGACGGUCAGGGCAAAACAGAGUAAAGUAAGGUAGGGUGAGGCACUGGUAUUUUAAGGUUGAGCAGGGAAAAGAUAGACGAAGCUAAGGCAUUUGACAGGGUAUGGUAGGGUAGGGUAGGGUAGGGUAGGGUAGGGUAGGGUAUGGUAGGGUAGGGUAGGGUAGGGUAGGGUAGGGUAGGGUAGGGUAGGGUAGGGUAGGGUAGGGUAGGGUAGGGUAGGGUAGGGUAGGAUAGGGUAGGGCAGAGUAGGGUAUGGAUUUAGUUUCUAUCUAGCUGGUAAACUAAAAUCAAUUAACUCUGCCAUUUCUCAUUGCACUUUCAGGGCAAAUACCUUUACGGCCAUCCAGGCUAUGGCGGAAGUACGAUGAUGAUAGAUCCGGAAGACGAGGUUGUUAUUGUCUACCUGACGAAUGGCAUGAAAACCGGCGGUGGUGAAUUGACAUACCCAUAUAGGCAGUUGAGGAAUCAAAUUUUGGAGUGUAUAGGUCAAAAUGUCAGGAGUAAAAAGGUUUAA